UAAUUUUUUAGACUCCACUAGUUUUUGGAUUUCGGAAAAAUGAACCAAAAUGAAGGGUUACCAGCAAUUAAAGCAUGUAUUUUCGAUAUGGAUGGACUGUUAAUCAACACAGAACAGCUUUAUACAGAAGUAACGAAUGAGCUACUGGCACGGUAUAACAAGCCAGCAUUAUCAAUUGAAGUUAAAAUUCAAAUUAUGGGAAUUCCGGGAUUUGAAGCGACUAAAAUUCUUAUAAAAUCCUAUGAAAUGGAUGUAUCGGCAGAAAAGCUUUAUGAAGAAGCAGGAGAGCUCCAAAAGAAGAAAUUUUUAGAAACCAAAGAAAUGCCGGGAAGCCAUAAGAUAUUAGAAUAUCUUAAAGAACGAGAAAUCCCAGUUGUUCUAGCUACAUCAUCUAGUAUUCGUAGUUUCUACUUAAAAACGAAUCAUUUAGGCCAUAUUUUUUCACACUUUGGAAAAAAUAUUGUUCGUGGCGAUGAUCCUAGAAUUCCUAAAGGGCGUGGAAAACCAGCACCGGAUAUAUAUUUAACAGCAUUAAGUAUAAUCAACGAUGAACGCAAAUCAAAAAACUUAGAACCUUUAACAUCUAAAGAAUGCCUUGUUUUCGGGAAAUAAAAUCUACCAAACUUGAUAAAUAUUCCUAAUUUGCUUUUAGAAGAUAGUAUUCUAGGUGUACAAGCAGGAAGGUCCGCUGGCAUGAGAGUUAUUUGGGUUCCUGAACCAGCUGUACUUAAAUAUUUCGAAGAAAAAAAGGAUGAAAUUAUUGGUGCUAAUAAUGAAAUCCUUUCUAGUCUUGAAGAUUUUAAUCCUCAAAAAUACGGGCUUUAAAAUCCUGAAUUUAGAAAUAUUCUAAUAAUAUAAGAAUUCAAUA